AUGUAUCGUGCAAUCAGUGUGGAACCUGUCGCUGAAAGUGGAGCUUUGGAAUCCAAAGAUCGUUUGAAAGAAUGCUAUGACAUAGACAAAGCUGAUGCUGCCAUCAUCUUCGAGAAUAUGUUUCCAAGUAGUGACGUUCAAGCCGCUGCGGUGCACAGUGCCAUCAGUGACUUGUUCGUGAUGAUGUUUUGCCCAAGUAUAUAUCGAUCCAGUGAAACUCCAACUCCAAGCUCUUCUGGGCAUUACUGCCCCCAAACGGCUUCGUCACUCCCCAACUAUAUCGUUGCCUAA